UUCGGGACCUGUGUGAGAGUACUUGGAGCAGUGACUGCCCUCUGGUGGCAAGCUAGAAUCAUCACUUUGUGGUUACCAAGAUGCCCACUCCGGACUCACAUGGUAUGCACUGGCAACAGGGCACCUCGAGAGCCUGGUGGGUGACUGAGGAAGGAGCUUAGUGAAAUCACCCUUCGCUUCCACCUGAAUGAGUUGUCCAUCCCGGAGUUUGAACCAGGAGCCAGCCCCAAAAUGGCACCUCUGAAGACAAGACUUGAGAUGCUCUUUUGUUUUAGACAAAGAUCUGCUGGUUCCCUACCAGCGGGUGAUCAAGACUGAAUACGCACACACCAAGAGGGGCAUGUGAUGACAUGGAGCCUGAAAUAAACUGCUCUGACCUGUGUGACAGUUUACCUGGCCAGGAGCUGGAUCGGAGGCCCAUUCAUGAUCUCUGCAAGACAACAAUUACCUCUUCCCACCACAGUAAGACCGUUUCUUCAUUAUCUCCUGCCCUCGUGGGUAUUGUGUGGACUUUUCUCAGCUGUGGACUUCUUCUGAUAGUCUUCUUUCUUGGCUUCACAAUUCGUUUCAGAAAGAACAGGAUUGUGAAGAUGUCCAGUCCCAAUCUGAACAUUGUGACCUUAUUGGGCAGUUGUCUGACGUACAGUAGCGCUUACCUCUUUGGGAUUCAAGGUCAAGAUGCUUCAGUGGGAAGCUCCAUGGAAACUCUCAUUCAGGUAAGACUGUCCAUGCUGUGCAUUGGGACCUCCCUUGUGUUUGGACCCAUUCUGGGGAAGAGCUGGCGACUCUACAAGGUGUUUACCCAGAGGGCCCCAGACAAGAGAGUGAUCAUCAAAGACCUGCAGCUACUGGGGCUGGUGGCAGCCCUGGUGAUAGCUGAUGUGAUCCUGCUCCUGACGUGGGUAUUGACUGAUCCCAUCCAAUGCCUCCAGAUUCUCGGUGUCAGUAUGACGGUGACAGGGAGAGAAGUGGCCUGCUCGCUGACCAGCACACACUUCUGCGCUUCCCGGUACUCUGAUGUCUGGAUUGUUCUUGUUUUGGGAUGCAAGGGUCUGCUGCUGCUGUAUGGUGCCUACCUGGCGGGCCUGACUGACCACGUCAGCUCUCCUCCUGUGAAUCAGUCGUUAACCAUCAUGGUUGGGGUCAACCUUGUGGUGCUGGCCGCUGGGCUUCUUUUUGUGGUCACCAGAUACUUGCACUCCUGGCCUAACCUGGUCUUUGGACUCACAUCCGGGGGAAUCUUUAUUUGCACAACCACCAUCAACUGCUUCAUCUUCGUUCCCCAGCUGAAGCAAUGGAAGGCAUUUGAAGAGGAAAACCAAACAAUUAGAUGCAUGGCCAAAUAUUUCAGCACUCCCAGCAAAAGCUGCCCUGCCCCGUAUGGUGAGGAACAGAAUUGCCAUGCCAGAGGAGAGAAAACCUCCAUGGAAAGACUCCUCACAGAGAAAAAUGCUGUGAUUGAAAGCCUGCAGGAACAAGUAAACAACGCCAAAGAGAAGCUAGUGAGGCUGAUGUCAACGGAGUGUACCUAUGACCUCCCGGAGUGCGCUGUCCUCCCUGCCUCUUCCCAUAGCAAGGAGGGUCAGGCGGCAGCCCCUGCGCACGGCCUGGCCACUCAGCGGCAUUCGGAAUGCCUCUCUGACUCUCCAAAUGAUACCAGUGCGGCAGCCCAGGACUCCCAGAGCACCUCAGUGCCCUCCUCAAGUGCACAAAGCCUCGAGGGGCCUGGGAAGGACACUGGCUCCUCCCCGGGGCAGAAGGAGAUGUCUGACUUGAGAGACUUUUCUGAUCAUUUAAAUUUGGGCUGCAGCCAGAAGCAGCAGGCUGAGCCAAGCCAGGGUGCAGAACGGAGAGAGCAGGAACCUGCAGUCCCCCGCCAGAGCCUCACACCAGUUGAAGAAGGCUCUGUUCCCCAGAGACAGGGGCAGCGGGAGAACUCAGGGGAGCCCCAGAAGCAGUCAAGGGUCAAUUCAGUGAUCAGGGAGAAGCUUCAGGAAGUCCUACAGGAUCUGGGCCUGGGCUCUGAGGCUCCCGUCCCCUCUUCCCUGUCUUGUCCCCAGCAACCCUGGAAGAGCAGCGCUGCCCACGGCCCCCAGAAGAUGCCCUUCUCCAGGGAGCUGGGCUUCAGCCCAUACAUGGUGAGGAGAAGGCGGGCAGCGCAGCGGGCUCGCUCACACUUUCCGGGCUCUGUACCCUCACAUGUGGGGCAUCGGGCAAAUAGGGUGGCAUCUGGCACAAAGAGUGGGUUAAAUGUGCAGAACCCGGACAGCCUCUGCUUGGACCCUCAAACUGCUGAUUCCAGGGAACCCUCUUCCAAGAAGCUUUCGUUACUUCCAGAUCCUCAAGGCAAGCCGGGCAUCCAGGAGGACAGCAAACAGUGCCAGGCAGAGCCCCAGGGAGCUGGGAGAAGCUGUGCAGCCUUUCCUCACCAGCCUCCUGGUCCUGGCCAGGCACAGUGUCCCGCUGGCCCACACCGAUCACCAGAUCUGCCUGAGCAGCGCCAGCUGCAUUCCCUGAGGUCCCCGGGCUGUCUCUCCCUUUCUUCUCCACGCAACUACCUUGACACUGAGUCCAGCAGCUCAGACGAGUUCUUCUGCCACUGCCACCGGCCCUACUGUGAAAUCUGCUUCCAGAGUACCUCUGAUUCCAGUGACAGUGGCUCUUCAGACUCUGACCCGGAGCAUGCUGGGGGGCUGGCUUCCUGGGAAAAGCUGUGGGCCCGCUCAAAGCCUAUCGUGAACUUCAAAGAUGACUUGAAACCCACACUCGUGUGAACUGCAGCACAGCAGGCCUGGAUAGAGAGGUCGGUCCAGGACAAGUCGUACCAAGGCCUACAGGGGGAAGGCGGGUUCUGGCCUCAGGAGAACACAUCAGUGCCCUGCAUUUAACCAGCCCUUACCAUGUUUCAGCUAUGCUCACUUGAGUACUGUUACCUUGAGCACUUCUUGGGUAUCGCCUGUCUUGUUACUACCUCACAACAUUCCUGUAAAAGACUGCAGUUGAGUGACCAUAAAAGAUACUCUUUGGGAAAAGGUGCUAAAUGAGCACAGAAGCUUUCCUGUCCCAGUCAGCCUGUAUUCCACAAAACUCUUCAUAUAUACCAGAUGGCUGGCUGGUGGACAGACAGAUGGAGAGAUGGAGGAACUUUUCUGCAGAACCAGAGUGGUGGACUAUAACCCAUCAAACUGGCCUUAAGAUAAGUUUCCUACAUCUUUGGGUGUCCCGUUCUUGGCAGGGGGUGUGAUUUUGUUUCUGCUGGAGGUUAAACAGCACCACUCCUGGUUCCAGCUUCUGGCCAGACUCAGCUCACAGCCACCUCUACAGCACUGUUUGUUCAUGUCUUCCCACUAUUAUGGCACCUCACCAUCAUCCCCAAGAUAGUCAGGUCUCCAUGUGGCCACAGGCUACCCAGCUCUCUCUUCUGGGCUUAGGUGGCACCUGAUGCCCAGACUGUCUACUGGCCCUGUGGUCCAUCCCUUUGACUCUGCCCAUGGUGCCAUUUUGGACUGAGGGGAAGCACACACUGGCAAUCUCUGUUGGUCAAGAGGUGCUCUUGGUGCCAUUGGGGUUACAUGAUCACCAAUGGAUACAUGAAUCUGGAAAUAGAAAACAAGGAAAUAGAAAGGAAGAAAUGGGGGAGAAGAGGGCAGGAAAGAGAACAGGUUUUGAAGUUUUACCUUGAGUCUGGCACAGAACAUGGCAGCAUCAGAGUUCAGUAAUUCCUUAUGAUAACCCUGGGAAGUAGACACUCUCAUUCUCAUUUUUACAGAUGGGGCAUGUGAGGCUCCAAGAACUGUGGUGACUUUCACGACUUCACACCAGGAGAGUGGUUCAUGGAGAACUUGCCCACAGACCAGGGGACUCCAAGUUGGUAGAUUCUCCUGGGAAUACAUCUCUUGACUCAUUGUUCUGGGAAUGGCAAGCAGGCCAGACCAUUAAGCAAGGGUGCUGUAGGAAAGCUGAGUUGUGCUCACCCUGGAGUCCAGGACACCUGCCCCCAGAUAAUAAAACUGGGUUCCUCACUGUGGGAAGCCGUCCUCACUGCCUCAGGGGCCCCCUGCACCAGGAUGUUGGUGAAGGAUGAGUGCCAGGAACUCAUCUGCUGCCAGACCCAGAGGGAGAGCACAGAUGGGUCCACUUUGCUUGUUGCUAAUCUGGUUGUGGUUUAGAGGCCGCCCUCUGCCCCCAUCCGUGUGUGUGCACAUGUUCAUGUGCAGGAGUCUGAGCCUCAUUAGAUAUGCCUGGAGGGAGGGGGGAGUUGGGCUCUGAAAGUCUCACAGAAGAUUUGUCAUGAACUCACAGGGGCUGCCAAUACUCAUGAGUCUCCAGACACUGGAUUGGGAGGCUGUCUUGGUAGCACAGCUUCUUCUAUUGUCUACUUUUACAUACAAAUGUCAUAAUUUAUUCUGCAUGUGGGUUUGUAGUGUCUGCUUGUGCUGUUUGUUUGCUGUCCAAGUGAUACCUUAAUAAAAGAGAAGCAACUCC